GCUUAGUUUCAUAUGGAGUGUAUCCACGAGCAUCACAUCCUACAGGAGAAGGAAUUUUCUCUACCUAGUUACGUCAAGCUACAACCAAAUUAGUUGAAUUCUGCAUAUUUCAUUAAGAUUACAGCAAAUUCGCCAUGCUAUCAAGAGUGACAGUUCUUUUACUCAUGCUUCUGAUGACCUCGCCCGUUCUCAUUUUCUGGGCAUGGUUGCUCAUCCUGCCAACAAGAGUAGCAUUUCUGUGUCCUGAGGGAUGCUGGUGUGAUCCAGAGGGCAACACCAUCGAUUGCUUCAAUUCGUCAUUAAAUAAUAUUCCCAAAAUUUCCCUGAAGAACGUCCGGGAACUUGAAUUUCGUCACAUCAAUCUGACCUAUUUGCGGAAGGACAGUUUUCUUGCCAGCAGAAUGACACAGCUGGAAACCCUUCGCUUAGACAACUGUGGAAUUGUCAGAGUAGAACCUGAAGCAUUCAACGGGCUUAUCAAGUUGGUACUACUGUCAAUGACUGGCAAUAAGAUGAAUGAAAUAGAACCACGAACAUUUGAAAAUCUCACAAACCUCGAAAGACUUUACUUGAUAAAUAACAAAAUCGAAAACCUGGAACUACACGCGUUCGUCGGUUUGCCAAAUUUAAGUAAAAUCUGGCUUAAUACAAACAAAAUACAGUACCUUCACCCGGAUUCGUUUCUAGACGCAUUAAAUUUAUUCUCAUUGCAUUUAGACAAAAAUCCAAUGGCGAAAAUUCCAACAGACCACCAACUUAUAAAUUCUCAAUCUUUGAGAAAUCUUCACAUAUCAAACUGCAAUGUGAGUUCUGUAUCAGCGGAAACAUUUGCGAACGUCAGUGGACUGGAAACGCUGGACUUGAGUGGAAAUCAUCUGGCAGACAUCGACGUAAAAAUCUUUGCCGUUCUGCCACAACUAUCCACAUUCCGAAUCGCCCUAAAUCCCCUAAAGUGUGACUGUCAGCUGCAGCAAGCGUGGAGAUGGUGUCAGAACCGCAACAUAACAACAGACACCGGCGACAAAGCGCCAGAAUGUGACGGUCCAGGAGAAGUGAAAGGAAUGUGGUGGGACGUCUUGAAGCACUCGCAGUGCUUACAGAAUCAAAUAUCGUAUCACGGAGACUAUAAAACGGUACGCUACAAAUACACUGUUGCAGAUAAUAAAUUUAAAAGGUACGGUCGUUUUAAAACACACGUCCAAACUUUAGUAUACGCGAUUCUGUUCGUGUUUGGGGCAACUGGAAAUGUGAUAAUUCUUAUCAUUAUCGUGUGUAACAAGGAAAUGCACACUGUACCAAACAUGUACAUCCUUAACUUGGCUAUAAGCGAUGUGAUGUCCUUAAUAAUAAAUCUACCUCUUACUCAGGCACGCAUGAUGUCAGGCAAGUGGAAUUAUGGCGAAUUCUUGUGCAAGUUUUUCGCAUUUUUUCGUCGCGUGUCAAUUGGUCUGUCAGCGUACUCUGUAGCCUUACUCAGCAUACAGCGAUACAGAGUAACAGUAAACCCUAUCCAAAUUCAUGUCCAUUCUCCAGUAACCUGGCGUGUUACUGCGGCAACCAUUUGUGGAUUGUGGAUU